AAUUGUGUGGCUUUAUCUACGAAGCCCUUUUGAUCUCGUACUUUGACCUGGCCGCUCCUUUGCAAAAAUUUCAGCUUUCACACCAAGAGCCUGUAUCUAUCCGCUCAGAGCUCGCACUGCCCCAGCACUCACCGCCAGGGAUUCACAAUGGCCAGGCACACAACUCUCUAUACCGCCACAUUGAUUGCCUUUCUCUCGAUCCCAUGCCUUGCGAACCGAAAACUGCUGGUUUUCCUCAUAGAUGGUUUCCGCUAUGAUUACAUCAACGAAGAGGAACUGCAGAACUUGCCGGGUCUGAGGGAGAUCGUGCAAUUGGGCGUCAAAGCGGAUUACCUGACACCGGAGUUCCCCAGCCUUUCAUUUCCCAAUUAUUACUCCCUGAUGACCGGACACUAUUGCAAUGUGCACCAAAUGAUUGGAAAUUAUAUGUGGGAUGAGAAAACAAACAAGUCAUUUCUAAUUGGUGAGAAUGAGGACAGUCGACUCCCUAUGUGGUGGGAAGCAUCAGAGCCAAUCUGGGUUACCAUGAUGAAGAAUAAGCGUCAAGUUUAUAUGUAUUACUGGCCAGGUUGUGAAGUUGAGAUUCGGAGUACCAAGCCUACGUACUGUCGAGAUUACUAUUACUAUCCGUCAGACAAAAAUUUUACAACUGCUGUUUCAGAUGCCAUUGAUGUUUUGUGGCAAGGGAAAGCAGACAUGGCUGCAGUGUACUAUGAACGCAAUGAUGUUGAAGGUCAUCAUUUUGGCCCUUGGUCAAAGCAGAGAAAGGAAGCCACCAAAGUUUUAGAUGAGACUUUAAGAAACAUGAACAUGAAAAUUAAGGAAAUGGGUCUCCAGAAUGAAUUGAAUGUUAUGCUGUUUUCGGACCACGGAAUGACUGACAUUUUCUGGAUGGAGAAGGUCAUCGAACUUGAUAAAUACAUAAAUAUGUCGGAUGUAUUGAACAUGAUGGAUCGAGGGCCUAUAGUCAGUUUGUGGCCUCAAGAAGGAAAACUGAAUGAGCUGUACAGCAACCUUAAACAAGUUAAAGAGAUGAGCGUGUACAAGAAAGAUGAAAUUCCAGACAAAUAUCAUUAUAAAGGUGGGAAAUUUGUCGCACCACUUACUCUGCUGGCUCAGAAAGGCUGGUUUAUCGCUGAGAAUAUACAGAAGUUGCCUUAUUGGGCCAAUGGAACAGAUGGCAAGAAGGGUUGGCAGCAUGGAUGGCAUGGCUACGACAAUGAAUUGAUGGAUAUGAAAGGAUUCUUUUUGGCCUAUGGACCAGAUUUCAGAUCAAAUUACAAGGCAUCUCCAAUGAGAGUAGUUGAUGUAUACAACAUCAUGUGUCGUGUUGCUGGAAUAAACCCAUUGCCAAACAAUGGUACUUGGUCCCAUGUGAAAUUGAUGCUGAAUAACGGUGUGAAUUUGCCUUGCACUGCAAAAGCUAGUGUAACUGUGUUGACAGUAUUACUGGCCUGGGUCUUUUUCUGAUCAGGUCCCAUUCCAUUUAAAAACAAUUGAAUUGAAGUGUGCGAUUUUUUACCAAGAUUAUUCUAAUUAAUUGCUUUUAGAGGUACAAAUAACAUUUAAUCCUACUGUCAAAACAUUGGACCCUGAUAAGCUUCCUGCUGAAUGCUGUAAAGUGAUUCUUUAUGAGUUUAAUCUCAAUGUUAUUGUCUACAAUACACAAUGAGUUGAUCACCUCCCAAGUCUACUCAGAAAUAACAAUCCUACUGCUACUCUGUCUCUAACACUUUGUACAUCCUGUCCUUUGGCCGGAGUACAUUUAGCCAUCUUGGCCCCAUGGUGUGAAGCUUCGUCAUAAAUGCUAAUGCCUCACUCCCUCCCUAUCCACUGAAAUACUCAUUAAUUAACAGCUCUUUUAAGAAUUUGUUGCUCAGGCUUCAUGAAUUCUUCUUCUUUGACUUGAUGUUCAUCUUUGUCUGAUGAAGCUCCUGUGAUGUCUUUCUAUAAGAAUGAAAGUUGUUGAUCUGAUACAAGGUUUUUUUUUAUUGCUGUGCAAUUUUUUUUACCGAAGGAGCUGAUGUCCUUCCAGGACAUGAUAGUUUGUAAGACAGAACAGACCAGAUGACAGAUGCAGAUUUAAUGAUGUCCAGUAUUAAGGCAGCACCAGAACACUUCUUCUUGCAAGAUUGAGGAGACAUUCAGUUGGAUCUUUAUUUGACAGAACAUCAUUUUAGCAAGAGAUUCAGAAGCCACAUCAUGACCCUGUGUUCAAAUUACAUUUUAUAAUGCUGUCUAAUCAUUGUAGGGAGAGCUACUUAAUGGGCAGAGAAUGGCUUAAUGGUAUUAUCACUAGACUACUUAUCCAGAGACCAGGCAAAAUUCUGGGGACCUGGGUUUGAAUCCUGCCAUGGCAGUUGGUGAAAUUUGAAUUCAAUGACAAUCUCGAAAUAAGAGUCUAAUGAUAGCAAUAAAACCAUUGUGGAUUGUCACAAGAAAAUCCCUCUUGCUCAUUAAUGUCCUUUAGGGAAAGAAACUGCCAUCCAUACUUUGUCAGGCCUACAUGUGACUCCAAACCACUGCAAUGUGUUUGACUGUUAAAAUGCCCAUAUGCCAUCAAUGAAUGUAUAAAAAGAAAUUCCUUUACAUUAUCCCACCAAUGAGUGAACAAACAGAGAUGCUCAUGUUCCAUUUUGAUGUUUAUCCAAUAGAACAGUUACCAACAUCAGGAAGUAUUGAGUUUGGCAUUCACCCUAGUUGGAUUAAAUAUAGAAGAAUUCUGCACCUUGGUGGCGUAUUAUUUUAUGUAACACACCCAUUUUGCCAUCUGCCAUAUUUCACAUUAAAGCGUUUGGUCAGCUUUUGGGGCCCUAACUAAUUAUGACAAAAUGGAGAGCAUUCGUUUUGUGUACUGUAUUGUACGAGGCCCCAGAUUAUCUGCUCCUUUGGUUAAAAAGUCAUGUUGAUGGAUGAGCCCAGUGAGGGCUGUGACAGGCACCGAGCAACCAUUUUGACAGCCAAUUAGCUGUUCAUAGACUCAAGUUAGAAUUUUCUGGCCCUUUGGUUCAGCUUUAGGCAGCUGCCAGGCAAUCAAAGCCCAGUCAGCUUUGGAUCAGGGUUUUGAUAUAUGUUUUGACACCUGCCAAGAUGCUCAGCUAACAGGCUCCGCUGUGGCAUGGACUGCACGUUGACAGAAUUUGAGAUGUUGGAGG